AUGCCUCGUAGUUAUAUCCGAAAGAAGCAACCUCAUUAUUCGACUGCUGACCUGGAUAAUGCAUUGAAAUCUAUUCGGAGAAACACACUGACCGUAAAGGAGGCAUCGAAGAAAUAUCAUAUUCCACCAUCAACUCUCUAUGCACGUUUAUCUAAUCGUCGUGGAGAUGGAAAGUCCGGGGCUAAAACUAUUCUAACAAAUGAAGAAGAAAAACUUCUUAUACAUAUCAUACAGAAGUUCCAAGAAUGGCAACAACCAUUGACUCGAUCGGAUCUUAUCUCAAUCGCGCGUAAUUUUAUGAUGAAGCUCAACAAGACAAAUGUCACGUCUACCUCUUCGUUACGAGAUUGGUUUCUUUGCUUUCGUCAGCGAUGGAUGAAUGUAAUAAAGCUGGUGGAGGCGUAUAAACUUGAAAAAAUCAGAUCAGUUUCGUGCACACAAUUAGUUGUUGAUCGUUGGUUUGAUCAUUNGUGGUACAAUAGAAAAUGA